AAUUAAACACAUCCAAACACUACCCACACCUCUCUCUUUCUCUCUGUCUAGAACCCAUACUCUCUGUCUUUUGCAGCUCUGCACCGACUUUAAUCGAUAGAUCUUCAGCAUAUAUCGGGGGGAAGAGCUUCGGAGAAACCCUAGUCGAAGUUGGAGUUCGUUUUUCUUAUAGAGCUGGAAGGAGAAAAAUAAAGAUGCCUUGGACUUCCUCUUCAGCGAAUUACGAAAUGAACUGUGUUCGCUUGGUGGUGUUCUUUCGUGUAAUACUGUAGCUUUAUUUCGUCCGGGUGGUUUGUGAAGGGAUUUCUUAGCUAGUAUUCUUUUUUUAAUUUGAAACUGGUGGGAGUGAGAAUGUACAUUGGAGUUACCAUAAAAAGAUAUCGAGCAGUGAAAGAAGUUGGGCAGAUUAAAAUGAGUGUCAGGGUCAUCACAUACUACCAAUUGAUACAAGCUUGCCAGGCUGAGUAUUUCCGUCAGUUGCUUAAACCUGUUACGUAGUCUUCUAUUUUCAAGUUCUGGGACACUGGGAUUUGGAUUGACUGCCUUUGAUUGGAUUCAUACUAAAGAAGGCAGUGACAGAGACGAAACAUUUGAUGAUGGCAACUGUUUGUUUGGAAAAACUGCCGGGAACGUCGACACUUUAAUCAACUAGUUAGUAUUGUCAUCACCUUAGGAACCUUCAUCCAAUUGAGGUUUGUAUAAUUGCUAGUGUAGAAGUGGGAACUCCAACAUUUCUUCAGACUUUUAAUUACGUAGGAAAUAGGAAUAUCGAUGCAGGGUGACCAGCAAUUUUUCCGUGAAAAGGCUCUACCAAAUCAAGUGGGGAACAGUUAUGUGCACACUCCAGUUGCACCUGCUUUUGGUGCACUGUUGAAUUCGAGUGCUAGGUACUCGACACCUUUUCAUGGUGUCGAAUUUCAACCUUCUGAGGUUUGCCCCAAGAAUUUUAUUAUCUUUGAUCAAACAGAUCACCGGAGCCAGAUUAUGUUCCAUCCUUGGAUUUCCAACAAAUGUAGUGCUCCUGGCACCGGUGCAACCUGCAUUGAAGUGAAAGAAGUUGAUCGCAUGGAAAGAGAAAUAUCAUUGCCACUGAAAGAGGAUUCAGAUGAUAUUGAUGCAUUGUUGAGUUUAGAAGAGGAUGGACAAGAAUAUGAUGACGAAGAGGUUAGCACAGCCCGAACUAGUGGAGAUCAUAGAAGCUCGUCCCCAGAUUCUUUCUCCAGCUAUUGUUCAAAACCAAAGAAGAAUAGAUUUUCUUCUUCUAUUCAGAAGUCCUCGAGCAGUAGUGACAGCUGCAACAAUGACAGGAAACGGCAGAAAAUGAAGAAGAUGGUGAGGGCAUUGAGAGGGAUAGUACCUGGUGGCAAUCAAAUGAAUACUGCUGCUGUGCUAGAUGAAGCCGUUAGGUACCUCAAGUCUCUCAAGGUUGAAGUACAGAAGCUUGGAGUUGGGGAUUCAAAUGAUGUCUAAAGUUUAAAGCCGUGGUAAGGAUGACGGAACCCUCUCUUUCUUGUUCUCUCUCAAUUGCAACAAGUUGGCAUUAGGGGAAUAAUAAUUGCCAUUGUUAGAGACUCACUGUUGUGUAAGAAAACCAAUUUAUACUUGUAUUAAUGGAGUCUGCUCCACAAACAGUGACUUGCGUGUUUGAACUAUUAGUUUCUAUUCUGACCUCUGCUUUAUAGUAAUUGGAUGGACAGCCACCACUUCGAUCUAUA